AUGCCAGGGCCGUUGAGACUCCCUUCAUCAACGGACGUGACAAAGGCCCAGCUUCCUCCGAACAUGGCCGCUCGUCAGAAUGGCGCUACCAAUGUAGGCAUGAGUAACUCGGACGCCUCUAAGGCUAAGUUUAACUACGAAGCCUACUACACCUCUGAGCUGGAGAAAAAGCACAAGGACAAGUCGUACCGCUACUUCAACAACAUCAACCGCUUGGCUAAGGAGUUCCCCCGUGCCCACAUGGCUGACAAGGAGGAACGAGUGACUGUAUGGUGCGCCAACGACUAUCUCGGAAUGGGUCGCAAUUCCCACGUCUUGAAAUCAAUGCAUGAGACUCUGGACGAGUACGGUGCGGGCGCUGGUGGUACGAGAAACAUCUCAGGACACAACAAGCACGCCGUUGAGCUCGAGAGUACCAUUGCCAAACUUCAUGCCAAGGAUGCCGCUCUUGUCUUCAGCUCCUGCUAUGUGGCCAAUGAUGCUACUCUGGCAACUCUCGGUAGCAAGAUGCCUGAAUGCGUCAUUCUGUCCGAUAGCUUGAACCACGCCUCCAUGAUUCAGGGAAUCCGACACUCGGGGACGAAGAAGAUUGUGUUCAAGCACAACGAUAUCGCGGAUCUUGAAGCUAAGCUCGCUUCUCUGCCUCUGCACGUUCCCAAGAUCAUUGCGUUCGAGUCUGUGUACAGCAUGUGUGGCUCCAUUGGCCCCAUCGAGGCCAUCUGCGAUUUGGCGGACAAGUACGGUGCUAUCACUUUCCUCGAUGAAGUCCACGCUGUCGGCAUGUACGGCCCCCACGGCGCCGGUGUCGCGGAGCACCUGGAUUUCGAAGCCCACCAGCAGGGCCGCCCGAAGGGUAGCAUCAUGGACCGUAUUGACAUCAUUACUGGUACCCUUGGCAAGGCCUAUGGUUGUGUAGGUGGAUACAUUGCCGGCAGCUCCAAGCUUGUUGACAUGAUUCGCUCCCUUGCUCCUGGAUUCAUCUUCACCACCUCUCUCCCUCCUGCGACGAUGGCUGGUGCCAAGGCCGCUAUCGAGUAUCAAAUGGGCUACGGUGGCGAUCGUCGUCUUCAGCAGCUUCAUACUCGUGCGGUGAAGGAGGCUUUGAACGACCGCGAUAUCCCUGUCAUUCCCAACCCGUCGCACAUCAUCCCCAUCUUGGUUGGCAACGCCGAACUGGCCAAACAGGCAUCGGACAUGUUGCUCCAGGACUACCAGAUUUAUGUGCAGUCUAUCAACUACCCCACCGUUCCCGUCGGACAGGAGAGACUGCGAGUGACCCCUACCCCAGGCCACAAGAAGGAGUACCGCGACCAGCUCGUCCAGGCCAUUGAUGAAAUCUGGACCAAGCUUGGUAUCAAGCGCACCUCUGAGUGGGCUGCUGAGGGUGGCUUCAUUGGCGUUGGAGAAUCCAAUGCGGCCCCCGAGGAGCCCCUGUGGACCGACAGCCAGCUUGGCAUCGAGCAAGCUGCGAAGGAGAUUAAGGCUGCGGGUAACAUCAACAGCGGCUUCGUCGAGGCCCUGUUGGAGCGUGAGACCAAGGCUACUGGUCAAGCUGUGAACUCUGCUAUCUGA